AUGUCGGAAGGUUCACCAUCUCGGCAGCCUUUGCACGAGCGUAGCAAUUCCCAGAGCAACAAAAUCUCAGCAAUUAGACUCGUCCCAAGUACACCCCCGCGACUCUUGGGCCAAGAAAAAGAGGAACGAGAUGAGGUUUACGGACGGACGCCGCUACCGACCCACCCAUCCCAUAUUUUGCUCGCACCUGGCCAUGGGAGGGGUAAGGAUAAGGAUCCCACACCUGCAUUAGCACCCGAGUUUCAAACCACCUCCAAAGCACAAGGGGAGGCCAUUUCGAGUGGCUCGCCUGUGUCGACGCAUAUAACGCAUCAUCUUCCUCAAAAUGCCGACUCUGCAACAGGAUCUACAAUCUCAAAGCCGAAACGUCUGCCAAAAAAGGGUUCAAAAAAGCGUCUUCAAAUCCACAAGGAUAGCAAGACCUUCUCACUGUUACAAGAUGACCCCCAACCAGUGCAAGACACUCCCAAAUCACCGACAUUUUCUAUUCCUACGAAAAGCUCAUACGAUUCGCUAGCCUCAGAGGCUCUUCAUGCAGAGGCCCGGUCUAAUUCCAUUGAUUCAUGCCUACUACCACUCACGCCUGCUACUCCAGCUUCCGAAGGCAAGCAACCAAUAUCCGCGGAUCAUAUAAGCAGUUCUCCUUGGAAUUAUCAACUUGUUGGUGGCCUACGAAAAGUUCCGAAAACCCCAGAUAUCAAGCAAAAGUCCACAACAAUUGCUGAUAGCCCUCUACCGCCUCUUCCACCUUUGCCAGAAGUAUACGACCUACCGUCUGCCGCCGCGUCGCACGAUCUCUCUGCGAAACCCUCCUUUCGCUCCACCCAGACUACCACGACAACCUCUGAAAACACAAACUACAAAGUUUACGGCAACACAUCUGAUUCUGCUUCCGAAGUUGCUAUCCAGCCUCCCUCUUCCAACAAUUCCAACUACCAAGUAUUUGGCGACCCUUCCGAAGCCGAUACAGCCUCAUCAGUCAUCCAUAGACCGCAGACUGGAUAUUCCGAGAACGAGAACUACGAGUUGCACGGGGACCCAUCACUAACCGGUUCGUCAGUGAAUCUCGUUGGCGGAAAGAAAUACUCCCAGGAAUCAUUGGUAGUUCCGCCGUUGCGACCUAGAGCCAACAGAUCAAACGAAAGUUUUGGAUAUUACAAGUCUCGGUCUAGAGAAUCCCUUCGGACUGGAUCACUCACUUCCAUCUCGACUGUUCUCAGUCAACAAGAAGCAGCACAAGCAGUAGUUGGCAGUGGAUCCUUAAUUCAGCUACCUAUUUCCAACCGAGCAGCAGCAUCGAGUUCAUGGGCGGAAAAUACUCACCCACUGCGGUCCCACAUGAACGAGCAACCUCAUCAAUGGAGCUCACAGCUUUCAACUGUGCUCUCCGUGUCAGAGGGGACCGAGCGAGGUUCGCGAUCAUGGUCGGACGACAGCGGGCGUAUGAGUGGAGGAUUUCCAAGCACCCCAAGUCGCACCAGUCGCAACAGCCGGCAGAUGCUGAGCAUCAGUUCAUCCCUACAGCGGGAAGAAGGAAGAAGCGAGUCUCCUAUAUCGCCACCAGAUCCCGCCUUUACUCGAGGCGGCAGGCGCCAUCAGAGCAGCUCUUCUGUUCCAGUAGUUGGCGAUCAAGAUGAACAUGGGGAUGGGAUCACAGAUAUGCAAGACUUACGGGCGCGUCCCUCGAGAACGCGGCUCUCUGGAUUCUUCAGCACCACUUCUUCGGAUAACGGGCGUUCCAACACCAUGCGCUCAAGCAGCAGCUCGAGGGCUAAUAGCUUGGUCUCAAGCUCAAUACCUACAUGGGCGAAGCUUUACUAUGGAAGCGGAGAGCGGCGUUAUUUAGGCACCCCUGGAGCCCCUGGAAGUUCUACUGAAGGCACCGACAGCCGUUCUGGUUCGUUCACGACCGGAUCACCUAAUACAGACCAUUUUCCUUUGAGUAUAUAUAGCCCAAGACGGCGGCCUAGGGGAGUUCACCCCAACAUUGGAAGACCUUCGGCGCGCGGCUCUUUGGAAAUCACUCCUGCGCCAUUACAGGAGAAUAAUGAUCCUGACACACGGCGCUUCAGGACUUGGAGUUUAUCAAGUGUUUGGUCACCGCACUUGCGGCAUGACAGAAGAGCUACAGGACACAGCAUGUGGGAUCCUCCGUCUAUAAGCUGGUCCACUGAUGGCAGAUGGUUUGCUUGGAUGAUAGCGGCGUUUCUGCCGCUGCCUCUGAAUCCUAUGACCGAAAUGCGCGAACGAGAUGUGGAAAAUAGCACGAGUAAUCUCGACAAUUCUAAUGAUUAUGCAAACGAUUUUGCCCGCCAAUUUGGACCGGUAGAUGAGAUAAGAUUCGAAAGCGCUAAAUGGUGGCGGAACCUCAAUAGAUGGAUGUCCAUCGUGGGCCUACUGAUCAUCGCGGCAGUGGUUGUGCUGGUUGUGAUCGGCGUAAGAGAAGGCUGGACUAAAAGCUAG